GCUCUGCCUAGCUCCCCCUUCUUUGUCCAUAUGUUCUUGGCCUAACCCCACUCCGUUAUCUCCAUCAUUUACUAAUUGAUUACUAUUUUACUAAAUUCUGGACCCAUAUUAUACUGCAAAUUACAUAAGAGUUUGUCUUUUUGGUUUCGAUUAUUGGUCAAAGUCUUUCUUGUUUUGUAUAUAUAUACCCAUGGAGAAAGAUGAUACCAACUACUCGGGAGGUUUUCUUGGGGUGGACUUCAAUGGUGAUCAUGACCAUGGCCAUCAUCAUCUUCAUCAACAUCAGCAGCACCACAAUCAGCACCAGCAGCAGCAGCAGUUCAUGGUUAAAAACACAUACGAGAAUGGGAACCAAAUGGUGGAUUACUUAAUCAAUAAUCCGAUACAACAACUACCUAAUUCUGGUGGUUUUUGUAGCUCAAGCUCGUUGGAUAAGUUAAGUUUUGCAGAUGUGAUGCAGUUUGCAGAUCUUGGACCCAAGUUGGCUUUGAACCAAAAUAAAACAAGCCAUCAUCAUGACGAAGAUCAAGAAAAUGGGAUAGAUCCGGUUUACUUCUUAAAAUUCCCAGUUUUAAACGAGAAGAAUAUUCAAGAAGAUCAUCAGAGUCUACUUGCUCCUUUUGGAGACGAUGAAAACGAGACUCGAGUAGUGAUUGAAGGAGGAGAAAGAGAUGAAGAAGGUAGGGUUUCUGAGGGUACGUCUGUUCGACUUCAAUUUAUAGGUGAAGAUGCUCAUAAAACCCUAGUCGGUGAUGGAAAGAACAAGAGAAAAAGACCAAGAACUAUAAAGACGAGUGAGGAAGUUGAGAGCCAAAGAAUGACUCAUAUCGCAGUCGAAAGAAACAGAAGAAAACAAAUGAACGAACAUCUACGUGUUCUUAGGUCUCUCAUGCCCGGAUCUUAUGUUCAAAGGGGUGAUCAAGCUUCAAUUAUCGGUGGUGCAAUCGAGUUUGUGAGGGAGUUAGAACAACUUCUUCAAUGUCUGGAGUCACAAAAACGACGAAGACUCUAUGGCGACACUCCCAGGGUCGUCGGAGAUUCAUCAUCUCUUCCAAUCCUUCAGCAAGCUCAACAAGGUCCACCGGGAGUGUUCUACCCACCGCCUGAUGAUCAGAUGAAGCUGGUUGAAUUCGACGGUGGACUGAAGGAGGAGAUGGCGGAGAGCAAGUCAUGCUUGGCUGAUGUCGAAGUGAGACUUUUAGGGUUUGACGCCAUGAUCAAGAUUUUGUGUCGGAGAAGGUCUGGUCAGCUUAUUAAAAUCAUUGCUGCACUUGAAGAUUUACAGUUCAAUAUCCUCCAUACCAACAUCACCACCAUUGAACAGACUGUGCUCUAUUCAUUCAAUGUCAAGGUUGCUAGCGAACCGAGGUUUUCUGCUGAAGAUAUAGCAAAUUCGGUACAACAAAUUAUUAGUUUUGUGCAUGCAAAUAUCAGUAGUUGAUGAUGAAACUCUCCACUAAAUAUUACAUAACAGUAUGUCAUUCGGGCGAGUAACCAUAAAAAUAUUCGUCCGUUUUAAUCUUCAUUUCCAACAGAUACAAGCCAUUCCAAUAGCUAAGUCCCUCAAGAAUGACAGUUUUCAUAGGCAUAAGUAUCAGAUUCUUUAGUUGCAAUAUUCAAUAUAUUUUAUAUAUGGGUAUUUUACAUUACAUAUUUACAUGUACGUUAAAGCAUAGCGUAUACUAUUUUGUGAGGA